UCCCCCUGCUCGUUGUCGUCGUUCUCCUCCGGAGACCUGAUCCCGAUCUCCGGACGGCGGAUACGUUGCGCACUAGUGGCCGCCGCCGUGUCGACUCCUCGGCAAUGUGGUGCUGCGCGUUAACACCGAGUCGACGCGUUCAACCGACGAAAUUCGCCACGGUCAUGUUCGGCAAUUCUCAGCGUACGUUACGCGCAUUCCCUGCGCCGCGGUCGGUCGACAUAUUCAGGCCGUGGCCCGACUGCGCAGCCGCGCCUCCGCAGCGACGACCAACGGAAACAUAUGUGCGCGACUUCCGGCCGAAUGUCAAAAGCCUGUAGCCGCGACGCGCGCGCGGCCUCCGAGGCAAGGAAAGCAGCCGACGAAGACGGCUGCUGCUGAUUUCGCGUCGUCGCAAAGCGUUGUAAAACCUGUGCCGAACGAGGUAUCGAAGAUAUGAUCCGUGAGGAUGACUUCGAGGUCGGAAUUUGAUGAAUCGGGACGGAGAGUGAAGGAAGGCCGAAAUUAUACGAACCGUCGAAUUUUAUUCUCUGAUCUCUGAGCUCCAGAGAGAAAGAUUCGCGGUCGAAGCUGAACAUUGCGGCAUUGUACUGUCAGGACAACCGAGAUCGGUACGGAUGGAAGAACUGCCGAGGAGCAUGAUGUAAAAGCGCGAGAAGAAACGACAGUUACGACGAUACAAAUUUGUACCCAACUACAAUAGAGUUCACUGAACGAAAACAUACGAAAAAACUCGAUUUUUGUUCUUCACAAGCUAAGCAAUAUACUGCGUGUGGCAAGACCUAUCUGUACUGUGUGCACUUUCGGAUAAUUUUGCUUGGAUAACAACAGCAAUAAUGAUAUAUUUUUAACACAGGAUGGAUUUUCUGAUGCUGCCUUGAUUCAGCAAUAAUUGGUACAUAUAAUUUUGCUCAAGGAGAGAAGUGGAUCAUUAUUUAUUGUGGUAGAAACGCAAACAUAGGACGGAACGUGAUAAAUAAAACUUACAAUGAGUGAGUCUGAGGGUUCAGAUAUUUUGGCAGAUAUCACGGCAUUGGAUAAUGCCUUGAUGAUAAAUACCAAUGAUAAAACUGAUCGUUCGUGGCAUGACUCACAUGAUGACAGCAAUUUGUCCAUGUCUGAUGAAUCUGACAAUGAUUCACAUAAUGAAGAUGAGUUCUACAUCUUGUCGUGUCAGGAUACUGAAUUUGAAAAUGCCUAUGAAAUUAAUACAAAAUUGAUCAAAGGUCUGAUGAUGGUUAAGAAGAACGUGAAUACAUUGCUGCAGCAUUGCGAGGAAAAAAUAGAAGAGAUAAAUGAAGAAAUAGAAGCAAGCAAGAAUGGGAGCGUAAUAAAUGAACGUACAAAACAUUCCAUAGCUGGAAUGCCAUAUUUCAAGGAUAAACUUGGUUUCACAGCCCCCAAGAAUUCUGACACAAAGUUAAAGGAGACUCGGGGAGAAUUGUCUGUAUUGCAGAUACAGAAACCAUGUCGUUGGUCAGGGAGGGACAGGACAACACUUUUAAACGCUAUAUAUAAUGAAAUUUUCAAGUUAGUACCAAUAGCAGGUUCCUACACACAAAUUGAGCAGCCAUCUAAUAGAAAACCCGAUACUUUGCGUAAUCAAACUGGAAACCUAGACAAAACAAUCGACGGAAUGCACAGUGAGAGCAAUAACACUGAGAACAGUUCAACUAGGACGUUAGUACGAAUUCCCACAAACUUUGACGAGAUGGUAAAAAUGAUGGAUUCCAGAAAGUUCGAUUGGAUGAAAAUAGCAUGUCAGGAUUUCGAGAAUAAACACUCACCAAGUGAGUGCCAGUCCAUGUGGAAUGUGUACUUGCACCCUGACAUCAACAAAACCGACUGGACAAAUAAAGAGGAUAAGGUAUUGCUAUACUGUGCGAAGAAAUGCGAUUAUCAAGAUUGGGAUAUCAUCGCGGCGAGACUCGGUACCAAACGCAGCGCUUACCAGUGUUUCAUUCGAUUUAAUACUAUUCAAAAUUUGCCGAUCGUGGGGCGCGCCUGGAACAUUUCGGAGGACCAACAGCUCGAACUGGUUAUAAAUAGACUUCAGAUUGGAAAUUACAUCCCUUGGGCUGAGGUCGCGAUCUACCUGGACAAUAGAACCAAGCAACAGGUUUACGCCCGAUGGAUGUAUAGAAAAGCGCCGCAUUUGAGGAAGGGUAGAUUCAAGUAUCACGAAACACAGACUCUCCUGAAAGCGAUAAAACAAUACGGCACGGACUUCAGCAAGAUAUCACGCCACGUGAUGCCACAUCGAACCACUGUGCAACUCAGCGGUCACUAUCAAACAAUAUUGCAGAGUAAAAGUAACGCCUGGACAUACGAAGAUGACAUAGAACUGAUGAAGUUGCAUAAGAAGUACGGUAACGAGUGGGUUGAAAUAGCCAGGAACUUCACGUUGCGGACGAGGACACAAGUGAGACAUCGGUAUAAGGCGUUGCAGAGAUACAUAAACAAGGGUUACACAAUCGAGACUUUACCCAGAUACGAUACGCUAACGUCGCCCAACUGUAAAAAAACCUGUGAAUCAUCGACGUCGUCCGAUGAUUUGAAAACUAAAGAAUCUCAAUCAAAUUUCAACACAUCUAAAGACACGAUUCAAGCAAGAUUGUUCGAAAAUCUUAGCUAUCCGCCUAUUGUUGAAAACAUCAUUUCACAGGAACUCGACGCUACGGAACUCUCACGUAAUACUAGAGAGUUAUAUGAUGUAUUGAGACAAUUAAAUGCUAAUCUCGAUAUCCCAACAAGUUUCUUCGAUUAUGCGCAUCUGAGUAAAAAAGAAAGACAACUUUUUACUUCUUUGAAAAGUUAUGUGAAAGCACAUCAUUGUGUGAGCAACGAUGAACGCGACUUAGUAAUUGAAAGAUUCAGGCAUCGAAUGUUCGGUUCAGAAACAGAAGUUACCUCUCAUUUUAUUCCGCCGCUUCCUUUUAACGGAUAUGUCAAAAAAAGGAAAAAAUAUGAAACGAAUUCCAUAAAUUAUAAUCUAGAUCUAAGCGAGAAGUUUCUUAUCGACAUACCUACAGACAGACAAAUUCCUUGUAGUAUUAAUUCGCUUUACGUUAGUAUUGAAGAAGAUAUCCAGUUUCAGAAACUUAGCCAACUCUUAAUCAACGAUUAUUAUAGUUAUAACACACAAGAUGUAGAUCCACACGCAUCAUUUAAAUACGAGGCUCCUCAUGAUAAAGUAAGAACUCGGGCGUCCGUGAGAACUCGAGCCUCCUUAAGAUCUGGACCAAAUACGAGAAUAAAAAUGGAAAACUGCAAUACCGAAACUUUACGAUCGCAUAACGUACAAGAAACUACUUGCACUGAACACAUUAGUGAAAAAGAUAAAGAAAUAGUUAUGUCGGAGAAAGCAAUUGCACCGAGCAACGAGACUUUAUUAGGUCUGAAAAACUUGUUUCUCUGGAAAAUGUUAUAUGAACAUAAAAUCAACAAAUCGCAACCAGCAAAUAAUACGCAACAAAUGAUAAGAUCGAUGAGUCCUGAACACAAGAAAGCGUAUCAGACAUUGAAAGCUCGUCUAAUGCGUUUAUUUCGAUUACCCUUGGCUUUGUCGCAUGUCUUCAUGGAGUUAUCCAAACCAGAAUCGCUGUUUGCAACGGAACAGAAGGAGGAUACAACUGAGAAAUCGUUGGAGACACAGGCUGAGAAGGAUGGACGAUAAACAUUUGCGAAUAACAGUCUCUCAUAGAAUAGACAUAUUAAAAAAUGAUCUUAAAGGAGAAUGAAAUUGUGUAAAAUGACAAUUUCUUGAUUAUAUUGAAGUAAUCACAUCAUUCUUUUUUUGUUCAAAUAACAUGUGAUAUUGUAUGAAUUUGAUGAAUAAAAUUAUAUUGUUACUAAUACAACUUAACUAAUUAAAAUUUAUUUAGGAAGCACAAAAGUCUUAUUACUUAUAUUCUCAAGUGUACAUUUCUUUAUAUCGAAGUAGGCGGUUGUAGGACCGACUUUUAUUUAAUAUAAAUGUAUAAUUUUCUGAAAAUAAUUCAUAAUAUAUUAUAUAAUGGUGACGAUUAUCAUGCUAUAUUGAAAUAUGUAUGUAUAAAUGUAUAUAUGUACAAAUACACAUAUAUUAAAGACACAUAUAUUACAUAUAAUUAGAGUGAGUAAGUAGAAUAUAGAUUAUAAUUAUUAAAUUAUUAUCGGAAGGCCGUAAGAAUAAAGUAGUUUUAUACGAAAAAUCCAGUUCCAGUUACUGACUAAAUGUAAGAAAAAUGGAAUAUCGACAAUUCACUUGAGAAAAUAUACUUUGUAUAUGGAAAAA